AAACUGAGGGCUACCUAUAAUUGUUGGUGACUCAAACUUGUGAAUGGUACAGUACCCUUUGCACAAACUUCAUGGUGUACCAUGUUUGCUGGUCAGUUUGCUUUAGUGUUGCCUUCUAUAUAUGAUAUCUGUACAAGAUUGCACAUUGCUGGCUGGCUUGAUAUGAUUUACUAAAUAAAAUUUAAUUUUAUCUAAAUAGGUCAGGCUUAUUCUUCUGCCCUGAGUAAAGGGGAUGGAAUUAAGCAUAAUCUACAGGCUCCCUGGUAAUAGUGGAAGGCAUUUGGAAGACAAAAUCUUUGACUUUAAACUCAAUAAAAUUGAGAAUCUGGUCAGUCUCCAAAGGUGCCAGCUCCUUAUUAUAUAAAUGAUCAAUGUUUGUGCCUAUGAUAAAUUUUAUUGUGACUUGACUGAUUGUCAACAAUCAGUUUAUGUCUGCGUGAAGGAGGCUGAUAUAUAUAUGACACCCCUCUCCUUUUGUGAGUUUUACUGCCUUCUCUCAUGCUUGUCCAUACAGAAAGUCUGUGUAUGGAGCUGGAGAGCAAGCGAGCACCAGAGACGGCUCUUCCAUGUUAAAAAGGCAGGAGGAGGGAUCUUUGUAGCUCACGUGUCCCUUUUCUCUCUUGCUUCCACCCCCCCCCUCUUGCAAUUCUCCACAGUUCUCCCUCACAUCAUGUUAGGCUCUUCUAUCCAUCACUGCAUAAUCAAGAGGAAGAAAUUUUUGUCUUUCUCCUGUCUGUUUCCAACUCUUUGCUGGUUCUGAUUUGCCUCUGCAAAAGAUUCCCAUCGCCUGUCCUGAACUGCUUUUUCUUCCACUCCUCUUCUUCCACCCUUCUCUUUCUCAGAAAUAAUCCAGAAGGAAGAGCAAAGAGGAAAAGCAAGGAGAGGCAAGGCAAGGACCAGUAAGAAUCCCAGACUUUCAAUGCAAAGCAAAAGAAAACGAAGAAAGGGCACCACAAUCUGCCUCCCUUGCAUGCCAGACAGCUGGUGCCAACUCUGGUUCCGAUUAUGAAGGCAUUAUGAGCUGCUCGCUCCAGAACUGGGUGUUGACAGCUUUCUGCUGCUUGCUGCUUUGUCAUUCAGGUUUUGUGAAGGCAGAUCCACAACCUGGUGAUUUGCGGAGGUGGGUCCCAAAUUCCAGUUGGCGCAAAAGAUGGGGUAUUUCAGAAAUCACAUAUCCCACUAGGCUGGUGAAACACAACUCUGGGGGAGAGAUCCAGAAGUAUCAACUGGACACAAGAGUGAGAAAAGAGACUGGUGGCAGCAGAGGAGGCGACAGAAAAGGAGGAAGCCCUGUUAUCCAUCUGGCCCAAGUGAGUUUCCUCAUCCCUGCCUUUGGUUCAACCUUCAUUUUGGAUCUUGAGCUGAACCACCAUCUGUUGUCCUUAAAUUAUGUGGAACGUCAUUUUGGACAGGAUGGAAAUGCCAGUCACACCACGGGAACAAGUGAGCACUGUUACUAUCAGGGCAAUCUCCGUGGAGAAGCAAACUCCUUUGUGGCUUUAUCUACCUGCCAUGGCCUACAUGGUGUUUUCUCUGAUGGAAAAGACGUGUACCUCCUGAAACCUCAUGAUUCACUUGAACAUCAAGCGCAGGAGCCACUUCCUCACCAGAUCAACCAGACACCAGUACCUCGCAUGUCCCGUGGUUGCACAGAACCAGGCUGUUUAUUUUCUGCAUUGAACUACUACAUUCCUCCUGGGCUUCCUAAACUGCGUCGACGAAGACAGGUUCACCGAGGUCAUCGGACUGUCCACAGUGAGACCAAAUUCAUUGAAUUGAUAAUUGUUAAUGACCACCAACUGUUUGAGCAAAUGCGUCGCUCAGUCAGCCUUACCAGCAACUUUGCAAAGUCUGUGGUAAACCUUGCUGAUGUGAUUUUUAAGGAGCAGUUGAACACUCGUAUCGUGUUGGUUGCCAUGGAAACAUGGGCAUCAGGGGAUAAGAUCCAGACUGAUGAAGAUUCCCUAGAGACACUGAGAGAGUUUAUGAAGUAUCGUCAAGAGUCUCUUCCUGAACACAGUGAUGCUGCCCAUCUCUUCUCAGGGCACACUUUUAGAAGCAGUCGCAGUGGUACAGCUUACGUUGGAGGAAUCUGCUCGGUUGCUAGAGGUGGAGGUGUGAAUGAGUAUGGUACCGUUGGAGCAAUGGCAGUAACAUUAGCCCAGACCUUGGGGCAAAACAUUGGCAUGAUGUGGAAUAAGCACCGUGCUUCUGCAGGAGAUUGUCGCUGUCCUGACUUAUGGCUGGGUUGUAUUAUGGAAGAUACUGGAUACUACCUGCCACGGAAAUUUUCACGCUGCAGUGUUGAUGAAUUCAAUCAGUUUCUGGCUGAAGGAGGAGGAAGCUGUCUCUUUAAUAAGCCUUUGAAGCUCCUUGACCCGCCUGAAUGUGGUAAUGGAUUUGUUGAAGCAGGAGAAGAAUGUGACUGUGGGUCCUUUGCGGAGUGUUCCAAAAGUGGGGGAAACUGCUGCAAGAAAUGUACCCUUACGCAUGAUGCCAUGUGCAGUGAUGGGUUGUGUUGUCGAGAGUGCAAGUAUGAGCCACGGGGUGUAACUUGUCGAGAAGCUGUGAAUGAAUGUGAUGUCCCAGAAACUUGUACUGGGGACUCCAGUCAGUGUCCACCUAAUGUACACAAGCAGGAUGGCUAUUUUUGUGAGAAUGAACAGGGUCGGUGUUAUGGAGGGCGUUGUAAAACCAGGGAUCGCCAGUGCAAUGCAUUGUGGGGGCGAGCUUCAGCUGAAAGAUUUUGCUACGAGAAGCUCAAUAUUGAAGGCACUGAGCGUGGGAACUGUGGGCAUGAGGGGAACCGCUGGGUGCCCUGUAUCAAGCAGGAUGUGUUGUGUGGAUAUCUUCUCUGUGCCAAUGCGACAGGAUCUCCACGUAUUGGUGAACUACUAGGCGAGAUCACAACAAUGACAUUCUAUCACCAGAAGAGAUAUAUUGAUUGCCGGUCUGCAGCAAUGAGGGCCAGUGCAUCUGCUAUUCAGACUGGACAGGAAAAGACUGCAGUGUCUAUGAUCCUAUCCCAGACCCUAAGCCUACUGGAGAAACAGAAAAAUACAAGGGUCCCAGUGGUACCAACAUCAUUAUUGGCUCCAUUGCUGGAGCCAUCUUGGUGGCUGCUAUUGUUCUUGGUGGCACCGGAUGGGGAUUUAAGAACAUUCGCAGAGGAAGGUACGACCCAGCUCAGCAGAGCAUGUAGCAGCUUCCCUGAGCACAUCUCUCCAUCACCUACCGCCUCCAUCCCAUCCUCCUCAUCGCCUUCUCCCCACUUUUGCUACUUGCAAUGAUCAUUGGUGCAGAAGGGCCAGAGCUCUCAUGGAGGCCUGUCUCGGCAGAAAGAAUUUCGUCUGUCCAUGCAUCCAUCAGCCUCAUUCUCCUUCUUCAGUUGCUAUUUUCAGUUGCUAUCGUGAAGAGAUGUCUAGUGAAUAAGUAAAUGGUCACAGGUGUUCUAUCCAGGCAUGUAAUGAACCCCUGGUUCUGCUCACUGGAUGACAGGGAUGGGAAUUGAUCUUUCCCCAGUUUAAGGCCCAAGUAAUAAUCCUUUAUAUCAUGUUAUGGUAAAGUGAACACAGUAUUUUACUAUAUCAUUUUCACGGUGGGACUUUCCGCAAAUGGAAAUAGUUUGCAGUGAACUGUGUUGAUUUUGAGAUGCAAAAGAUUUCCACACAUCUCUGCAAGGACCUCUCCACCUAUAUAUGUAUACGAUAUAAUAUACACUUAUAUUGCCAAGGAGAGGGUGUGUUUUAAUUGGGCCCACACCCAUUCUAUUAUAUAAGUGGGUAGGUAUGGUGCUGAAUAAUAAAGCAUCGAACUAUAUUAUAAAACAGCCUUCUAAAGCCUGGAGACUUCAGGAGCAUUUUAAUUUUAACUCUUAGAUUUCAGCUGUGGAAUCUAUAGUUCAAAGACAUCAGGGGUUUGCCAUGUUGAGGAAUUGUUGCAGUCCUGAGGUAUAACUAAUACUCUCAGGAAUCUGAAAGGAGAUAUAUUUGAAUGUAUCUGCUUCUAAAUUGAAAUGGAUGCACAAGGCCUGGUGUAACUGUUGAACCUUCCUGGAGUGUAUAUGUAGACUCACAAAUGUUUACUUACAUUUCCUGUGUUCUUUAAAAUUCCAAAAUACAUGUGGUAUUUAGAAAUUAGGGGCUCCCCCCACCAAUGAAGCACAUGCUGCUCAUUUGCAAUUUUGAAAUGAAAAGUGGCCAGUAGGGAAAGAAUUAAACUGCAUAAUUCUAUGAUUAUGAAAAUAAUAACAAUAAUGAUCCUUUUGCAUAGAUUUAGUCUGAGUUCUGUAGAAUAGAAAAGGCCCAUUUAAUGACACUAAUAGGUUUGGGCUACUUUGUUUUGGUUUAUGUACAUUCACUGGGUGCAGUUCACCCAAUGGGAUCUUCAUGAGGUGGGGACCAAAAUAUUUAUAUUGUUCAUGUGGAAACAGAGUGUAUAAAAGCCUACUUAAAAGUAGAGAAAAGCAUCACUCGAAUCAUCAGAAGAUUGACUAGAACCAUUCUGAUGUGUCUAUAUGUAGGGUGAUUAUAUUUUUAUCAUUCUAAUUAAUAAGUGAAGCUCUUGAAUCUUAGGAAGAUUCCCCUUUCUGAUGUUCAGGGCCUUAUUCAAAACUUGGGGAAGAUAGUUUGCCCCAGUAUAUGCUAUAUGACAUACAGCCGUGCUUUUCUGCUGCUCUCUGUGUAUUAUGCAUUACUUUCUUGAAUGUGAUUUGGUUGCUUGCUUGCUUGGCAUUUGUUCCCAUUUCAUGGUGUUAAGCUUCCUUGAAAGUUUAAAAGAGCCAGAGUAUUGGGGAUGCAAAAGAGAUUGUCAUCUACAUUUAAUUGCUUUAAACACUAGAUAUUUAUAUAAUUAAAAGGUUUGUAUUACUGACAUAUUACCAAGUUAGGUUUCUGGAGGAGAAAACGUCUAAAAACCACUUCCUUUUCUAUAUUGGGGUAAUAUGACUUAUGUUUCCAUUGUUAGUCAUGGACUGUAUCAUACAGUAAAUAAGUGCCUUUCAGUAUGAACUAAAUCUUCAUAACAUAAUAAAAGUAUUCAUGUAUUAACAAUAAUAAAAAUAUUCAUGUAUUUAAGGUAGAUCUUCCAAGGUUCAUUUUAGAAAAUAAAUAUAUUUCUUUUUAAAGAAGAACGGCAGAUAUUGAUUUUUUCCCAAUAUCUGCAUACAAUAUGUAUUAAAAGGACACUGCCCUAUGAAGAACCUAAGGGAUUUAGAUGCUUAAAUAAAUCCUUUUAACUUUAUGUUGGAAAGGAUUGAAAAUUAAUUAUUCCUUUUAUUUUUCAUAAAUUAACAAGUUUUCACUGUAUAAGAUCCUUCAACUUCUCCCAAAGUAUAUUUCAAUUGUUCAUUCUAUAAUUGUACUAGUAACUCAAAAUUCAUUCUUCUGCCAGAAAAUAAUAAGAUUCAAUUUUAAAGAGAUUUAUGCUAGUUAUAUUGAGAGAUAUGGAAUCAAUAAAUAAAAAUCUGGA